AUGAAGCCAACUACAAGAUCACCUCGGAAGGUUCAGGAGAGGCAGGAGCCAUACCAUGCCCUUCACAAGGUUCCUGCUGGUGACUCCUAUGUGAAGGCAAAGCAUGUUCAGCUUGUGGACAAAGAUCCCAACAGAGCCAUUGCUCUGUUCUGGUCAGCAAUUAACCAUGGUGAUAGGGUGGAUAGUGCUCUCAAAGAUAUGGCCACUGUGAUGAAACAAGUUAACAGAGCAGAAGAGGAGAUUGAGGCCAUCAAAUCUUUUCGCCAUCUUUGCAGUGACCAAGCCCAGGAAUCUCUCGACAAUGUUCUCCUCGAUCUCCACAAGAGAUGCGGGCACCUUGAUGAUCAGAUUGAGUUGCUUAAACACAGGCUGAAGAUGAUCAAGGAUGGGGAGGCCUUCAGUGGGAAGAAGACCGAGAUAGCCAGGUCUCAGGGAAAGAAGUUUCAUGUUUCUCUAGAGCAAGAGGUGGCCAGGAUCCUCGGCAAUUUAGGUUGGGUAUAUAUGCAACAAGGAAAAUUCGAAGAAGCCGAAUCAGAGUACAGGAAGGCAUUAGCGAUCGAACCAGAUAACACCAUGAAAUGCAACUUGGCUAUUUGUUUGAUGCAGAAGGGAAGAAUUGCAGAGGCCAAAACACUGCUUGAUACGGUAAAACCGGCAUCCAUGCACAGCCCAGGUGGUGAAUCCCACUAGAAAUCCUAUCAGCGAGCUUGUGAAAUGGUAGCUGAGAUCGACUCUCAAUCGUCCAAUCCCAAAUCAAAAGGAGAAGAGGCCUUGAAAGAAGAAGUACAGAGUUUAUCAGCGUUGUUAUUGGAUUAA